AUGAAUACUCCACCUUAUUAUAAUAAUAGUCAUCAUCACAAUAGUAGUAGUGGUAAUCAUUAUCAAUAUCAACAACAGAAUUUCUAUAAUCAACAAUCACCACAAUUUCAACAACAACAACACCAACAACACCAACAACAACAACAACAGAAUGCAAAUCAGUUAAAUGGAUUCGGUAGACCGUUGGAUUGUGAGGAUCAAUUGAUUCUUAGGUUACCGUUGAAUGUCGCCGAUCGAGUGAGACGUAUGAUCAAACAGAAACACUUUGAUGCACCGAUCGACGUUCAAUUCAAGAGUGAUCGUGCAAUGGUUUUCAAGAUCGGUGAUCAAGAGUUUGAUGCAUCGCUAUUCGAUCUACCCUGUAUAUUAGAAUCACACAAAACACUAGAUAAAACAACUUACUACAAGACCGCUGACAUCGGUCAAAUGAUAGAAGUCUAUGAAACACCGCAAUCAGACAGCAACAAUCAGAAUGAAAUACCAUCCGAUUAUAAAUCAACAAGUGGAAUCACACCGCCCACAAAAGAAAUCACAAAGAAAAGACAUAGAGAGUUAUCAAAAGAUAAAGUAACAGAGAUUGCAAAGAUUGAAGAAGAGUUGGUAAGGAUUAUUAAACCGGGAUAUAUUGAACAGGAGGAAGUUGAGUUUGUUACAAUGGAGGAGCUGACUGAACGUUAUGGAAGUGAAUUGUUUGCCAAUGCAACGAAUUCGACGGAACCUAUUAUUUUCGAGGAACGAGCUGACGAUCAAGUAACGCUGGAUGAGGACUCUGACGACGAUGAUAACAUGCCUAGUGAUAGUGAAAACAACCCAUUACACGAUAUGAUGACUAUAAAGAUAAAGACAUCGAAUCGAUCGUUCAAUAGACAUGUCGGAAGAUUCGGUGAUGAAGAUAUCAAUAUGAUGAAUGAAGACAGACCUCUUCCACCAGGUAAAAGAAGUCAACAACCACAACAGCAACAGCUACAACAAUCAGUGCCAUCACCACAAUCCAACAACAAUGUCAGCAAUCGUAAUAGUAUAUCAUCAUCGAAUCUCUUGGAUAGUGGACUAUCACCGUAUGGCACCGAGAAGAAGGAAAGAAAACCGAGAUGUGACAAAGGCAAGGAGAGAACCCAUAGUCCGGGUGACUUGAAGAUUAAGCUACCGAUUGGAUUGCACAACGAUGACAAUGAAUUCAACGAUGGAUUCAGAGUGCCAGAAGAGAGGAAAUCUGCAUUGUCACCUAGAGAUAUCUCAAUCAACUCACCGGAUAACGAUGACAAAAAGAGAAAGAGAAAAGAAAGAUUUGAUGAUCUCUCACCCACCUCAAGGAAUUCCUCCUCUUCGUCACAUCAUCACCAUCACAAAAAAGACAGAGAACAUCGUACCGGUGGUGAACAUAAAGAUAGAGAGCAUCGUCAUGGCGGUGAACAUAGAGACAGAGAUAGAGAAAGAGAUAGAGGUGAUAGAGGUGAUAGGGAUAGAGAAAAUAGAGGUGAUAGAGACAGAGAUAGAGAUAGAGAUAGAGAAAGAGAUAGAGAACAUCGUCAUAGUGGUGGUGAACAUAAAGAUGGAAAUAGAGACGAUGAACAUAGAAGAAAGAAGAGAAGAGAGAAAGAAGGUUUGGAAACAGAGUCAUUCUCCCCAACUUCUCCAUUCCAAAAUAAUAAUAAUGAUAAUAAUAAUAAUAAUAAUAGUAAUAACAAUAAUAAUACACCAACUUCAAAUAUAUCUAGUAGUACUACUCCCACAACAACUACUACCACUACUACUACUACUUCUACAUCAAAUCCACCUACAAUUACAAAUCCAUCGACACCAAUCGCAAAUAUUGGAUCACCAACACAACCACCUAUUAAAGUUGAAUCACCACCACAACUACCACAAACACCAAAGACACCAUCACAAUUCACCAAUAUUGCAAGUCCACUACCGUCUACACCACCUGUGCAAUCACCACAAAUUCCACCAUAUCCAAAGACACCACCAACCUCAAUGACAAUGUCCAGCGAAAUGGUUGCAUCACCGACCAACUCUCAGCCAAUGGAAUCAAUUGUACCACCAAGUGCAUCGUCAAACACCAACGAGCUGUUACAGGUUCGUUCAACACUCAGAAAAGUUCAACAAGAAGCAGACUCUCUCAAGAAGAAGGUCGACGAUUUACAAGCCAACUUUGCAUCGCUACCCAAUAAGAUUUUGAAAGAAAGACAACAAAAGAUCAUCGACAAACUCCAAAAAGAAUAUACCGAUAAACUUAAAGAUAUUGAAACUCUUAAUAGUGUAAUUAAAGAGUUGGAAGAAUAA